AUGGAGAAAGCAUUGUGUCCUAAGAUCGGCAUGAAGUUUCAGUUAGAAGAUAAGACAUACAACUUCUACAAUAGAUACGGAUUAGUUGUUAGGUUCAGUGUUCGGAAAGAUUACUUGAACAAGGAUAAAGACGGUGUAGUUACAUCGAGAAGGUACACAUGUUGCAAAGAAGGUUUCAAACGACGGUACGAAGGAGAUGUAAAACCAAAGAAAACUCGAGCUGAAACAAAAACCGGAUGUGAAGCUAAAAUGGGGAUAAUUUUGAACAGAGAAACAAUGAAGUAUCAGGUUCGAGAUCUGGUAAUCGAGCAUAAUCACACACUACACAUUUCAGAAUGUGCUCAUAUGAUGCGUUCGCAAAGAAAAGUAAGUAUUUCUCAAGGAACCCAAACUGAGAUUGCAAAUGAUGCAGGAAUAUCCUUGAAACAAUCUCAUGAACUCAUAGGAAAAGAGGCAGGUGGAUUAGGCAAUAUUGGCUAUACUCGUAAUGACUUAAAACGCUAUCUACAAACAAAAAGAGAGAGGGGAUUAAAGUAUGGUGAAGCUGGUACAAUGCUACGAUACUUUAAAGAACAAAAAUUAGAAAAUCCUUCAUUUUUCCACGCAGAGCAGCUUGAUUGUGAAGAACAAAUUACAAAUAUAUUUUGGGCUGAUGCAUUAAUGCUAAUGGAUUAUACCUAUUUUGGAGAUAUGGUUACAUUUGACACCACAUAUAAAGCUAACAAGGAGUACAGACCAUUGGGCGUAUUUGUGGGAUUCAAUCAAUUUAGACAAUUGGUUAUUUUUGGAGCAACUCUAUUGUAUGAUGAGACCGUUGAAUCAUUCAAGUGGGUGUUCAGUACAUUUGUAGAGGCAGUUUGUGGAAUGCACCCAAAAACCAUCUUCAUAGAUCAGGAUGCAGCCAUGGCCGCUGCAAUUUCAGCUAUUGUGCCUUUAACAUACCAUGGUCUGUGUACUUUUCAUAUUAGAGUCAAUUUCAUGAAAUAUCUUGGGAAUUAUUACAAGGAUGGCAGUAAUCUCUCAUAUAGAUUUGCUGAAUGUAUGUAUGAGAUACAAGAUGAGAAUGAGUUUAUCAUGGCUUGGGAUGCAAUGCUAAAAGAACACAAGCUCGAAACAAAUGAAUGGUUGCGUGGCAUUUAUCCAUAUCGAAAGAAAUGGGCAAAAUGCUUCAUGAAAGGCCCUUGGACUGUAGGUAUACGUAGCACCCAACUAAGUGAGAGUCUAAAUGCUUCCAUAAAAAAAUAUCUGAAAAUUGAUCAUGAUCUGGUUCAAUUCUUCAAACAUUUUAACCGAGUUGUGGAUGAAAAAAGAUAUAAUGAACUAAGAACUGAGUAUCACAGUCGACAGAAGCUGCCAAUGUUGGGAUUGCAACAGACUCCCAUACUGAUCCAGACAGCUUCUAUAUACUCUCUAUGCAUGUUUGUUGCAUUCCAGAAUGAAUAUGAUGAAUCCACUACAAUGGUGAUCUUGGACCAAAAGCAUACUACAAUGCAUGUGGAAUACAGUGUCAGUCAGUAUGAUGGAGGAAGGGAGAGAAGAGUGACAUUGAACCCAAUAACUAAAGACAUUACUUGUAGUUGUAAUCUUUUUGAGCAGGAAGGAAUCCUAUGCUCACAUGCUUUAAAGAUGUAUGAUAUGGUUGGAACAAAGUUUAUUCCUAAUCAAUAUGUGACAAAGAGGUGGACAAAGAAGGCAAGGUCCGGAGGCAGCGUCGAUUGCAAGGAUAGAGAAAUAUCAUCAAAUCCGUCUCUUUCUAUUUUCCAUCGAUAUAGGCUAUUAGCAUCCGAAAUGGUAAGACUUGCUACUAGGGCUGCCAUGUCAGAAGCCGCUACAAAGUUAGACAGUAGUGUAAUGUCUGAAUUGUCAAAGAGAGUCAAAAUGCUAUUUUGUGGAGAAAUAGAUGAAAUAACACAGAAUAGUGCAUCAAUGGAUCUAUGUAAGGAAAUACAGGUGCAGAAUGUAGCUGGCCACUUUGUGACUCCGACGGGUUUGAAGAAAUGA